UGCAGGUCUUUAUACAGAGCACACAGUCUGUCAAACUCUAUCAAGGGAGGAUUCUGCUGAUUACAGCAUCAUAAAAGCCCUCAGUCAACUGGAAACAAUUGGAUCUAAAAGAAGAAAAACAAAGCGGCUAUGAAUUUUCUAUCUUCGAUUUUUCAGAACAUACCAGUUCUGAAGAAGUUCUACAUCCAGGAGAAAAAACUGUGCUACUCCAACAGAACUGACUUAGAAUGCAUCGAUUCACUCUUCCAGACCGUAGAAGAAACUCCAGAGCCUAUUUCAACCCACAUUACUGGAACUAUACCCAAAUGGAUUAGGGGUAGUCUAUUACGAAAUGGACCAGGCAAAUUUGAGUUUGGAGAUGACAGUUAUAAUCACUGGUUUGAUGGUAUGGCCUUGAUGCACAAGUUCACAAUUGAGAAUGGAUGCGUGACUUACACAAGUAAAUUUCUUAAAAGUGAUUCUUACAAAACAAAUCAAAAUCAAAAUCGAAUUGUGGUUUCCGAAUUUGGAACAGUGGCCAUGCCAGACCCCUGCAAAAGUGUAUUUCAACGAUUCUUGUCAACGUUUGAAACUCCAAAGCCAACUGAUAACGGGAAUAUAAGUUUUAUGAAAUAUGAAAACGAUUAUUAUGUUAGUACAGAGACUAAUCUGAUGUAUAAAGUAGAUCCGGAGACUUUGGAAACAAAAGAAAAGGUCGAUUGGAGCAAAUAUAUUGCAGUAAAUGGUGCAACAGCACAUCCUCACUAUGACCCUGAUGGGACUGCAUACAACAUGGGAAAUUCAUAUGGGAAACAGGGUACAUUUUACAACAUCAUUAAAGUUCCAGCACAGCAGAAUGCUGAAGAAACACUACAUGGGGUCCGGGUGGUGUGCUCCAUACCAGCAAGAAAUAGCUUGAAACCAUCUUACUAUCAUAGCUUUGGAAUGACAGAAAACUAUAUUGUGUUCAUUGAACAACCGCUAACAAUUAAUGUUUUGAAAAUAAUAACUGGGAACGUAACCGGGACACCUAUAUCUAAAUGUCUUAACUGGGAUCCAAGUUGUGAAGUGAUAUUUCACGUGGCGAAAAAACACAGCGGAGAGUUACACCCCGUGACUUUCCAUGCCCAACCCUUCUCAUGCUAUCAUCAGAUUAACGCUUUUGAGGAUCAGGGCUGCAUUGUGCUCGAUAUUUGCUGUCAGGAAGAUGGGGAUGCUGUAAAGAUUUAUAAUCUUCAAAACCUGCGUAAAUCUGGGCAUGCUUUAGAUGAGGUUUAUAACACAGUCCCGAACUCUCUUCCUCGCAGAUAUGUGUUUCCUCUGAAUAUUGACUGUGACUCUCCACAAGAUGUAGACUUCAAUCCUUUGAGUUAUACAACUGCUUCUGUUAUGAGAAAAGCUGAUGGGAAGGUGUGGUGCACCCAUGAGAAUCUCUAUGGCUCUACGCUGGAGGAUCUGGGAGGCCUAGAUUUCCCUGCUAUCAACUAUUUGAAAUAUAACACCAAGAAGUAUCGGUAUUUUUAUGGAUGUGGUUUACAGCACUUAGCAGGUACCUCUCUUCUUAAAGUGGAUGUCGGGACCAAGCAAGUCAUGGUAUGGCAAGAAGAUGGCUUCUACCCUUCUGAGCCAGUAUUUGUGCCAUGCCCAGAUGCCAACGAAGAAGAUGACGGUGUGAUCCUGUCUGUUGUUGUCUCUCCACGGCAGGAGAGAAACACAUUUCUGCUCAUAUUAGAUGCAAAAAGCUUUACGGAGAUGGGAAGAGCUGUAAUUCCUGUAAAGUUGCCAUAUGGAUUUCAUGGACUCUUUGUGCCUCAGAAACCUUGAAGUCAUAUUUUAAAAAGGGUUUUAAAUACAAUGUUUUGUUAUAUAUCAUUAGAACAGAUUGCCAAAGAGCAUACAGGACACUGUUUUCUUAAUUAAAGAAAUACUCCAACGUUAAAACUGAUAUUAACACACUAUAAACACCCAGACCACUUCAGCUCAUUAAAGUAGUCUGGGUACUGUGUCCCUUUUGCACUUAGUGCUGCAAUGUAAAACAGCCACUGGAGGAGCUUCCUGCAUCCAAACUGACCUUUGGUCCUUUAUCGGACGCUGAACGUCCUCACGCUCUGCAUGAGGACAUUGGGCGUCAGAUUUUUUCCCAAUAGGAAAGCAUUGAUUCAAUGCUUUCCGGUGGGGAGGUCUAUUGCGCGCACAGCAUUCACAGCACACGUGCAUUAGUGCCCACUUGUCGCAGGAGGUCGGAGAUGGAGAGUGUCGACAUUGUUUAAUUUUUCAGAAAAGAGACUACAAGGGGAUCUCACAAACAGGAGAGUUCUCUCUUGUCUGUGAGAUCCCCUCUUAUUCUCUUUUCUGAUGAUUUAUUUGGGGUUUUGCCCUUUGUUACCCACCUAUUCCACCUUUUGCAUCAGUGGCUCUGCAUUUUUUAUGUUUAGCAGCUGUAUCAAAACAUUUUUGUAUUUUUUAAUUUUUAUUUAUUAUUCUUAUUUUUAUUUACCUUUGUACCCCUUCACGACACACUAGGAUUGUCAAGAUAUAAUCGAAUUUGUCUAACCCAUUUUCAAGAAGAGGCUAACACUGGAUUACUUUUCAUGUCUUCCAAUUCAAUUUUUUUAAUUAUUUUAAAUUGUUUUAUAUAAAUUGCAUUUGUUAUUAGCUCCACUUUAUUCUAGGUACUCGGGUGUCUCUGCCAGAUUGGAAAUAUGUAUUCUGUGUGCUUGACAUUUACAUGGGCUGAGCCCUCAGGGAAUAUUGUGGUUGGACAACCCGACGUUGCCAUUCAGUCAAAGUUGGAGUUAUUCUGUACAGUGGGUAAACAAGCAGUCAAAGGGAACGUAUUCCCUUUAAUUAAACUGACUAAAGGAUUAUAUAAUUAUAUUAUUCAUUACAUUUGUGAAAUGUCAGAAAUUCAAAUUGAAUAAUUAG